UCCGGGUGUAUAAAUACGGGUGUACUUCCCACUCCACGACCACAGCCUUAUAGCCUUCUUAUCCAAAAAAAACCAAAGCCUUAGCCUCAGGAAGGGAGAAUGGGGUUGGAGAAGGUGAAGGUGGUGGAGUCCUGCCUUGUGAGGCCCUGCGAGGAGACGCCUAGGCAUGGCCUCUUUCUUUCCCCACUCGACCUCGAAGCGGCCAACAGACGCCAUACCCCGACCGUCUACUUCUACCGCUACGUGCCCGGCUCCGAUGAUUUCUUCGACGUGGACAGGCUGAAGGUGGCAAUGGCCAGGGCUCUGGUGUUCUUCUACCCCCUGGCUGGCCGCCUCGACGUCGGCCAGCCAGAGAUUGACUGUGCCAGCCAGGGCGCGCUCUUCGUCGUCGCUCGCUCGGACCUCACCGUCGAUUACUUCGACAAUAACUUCCAGCCUUCACCGGAGCUAAAGAAGCUCUUCGUUCCCCGCCUCGACGACUCACCGAGCAUUUUGCUCGCUGUCCAGGUGACCUUCCUCAAGUGUGGUGGGGUGGCCUUAGGGACACUCCUGCACCAUGCCGCCAUCGAUGCCGUUAGCGCGUUCCACUUCUUCCAGACGUGGGCUGCCUUCUCCAAGGAUGGCGAAGGCGCCGCCAUGAGGCUCGAGCUCCCAUGCCACGACCGCACCCUCCUUCGUGCCCGGUCCCCGCCCACCGUCCACCCUGACGCUCUCUCCGUCUUCUACCCGGACAAGGACAAGAAUGUAUCCGAGCCAUCAUUGGGGGAAGUCUCUAGCGAGAUCUUCGUCAUCUCCAAGGACCAGGUCGCCGCUCUUAAGCGUGCCUGUGGCGGCCAUGUGAGCACCUUCUGCGCCUUGAGCACCCAUGUUUGGCGGUGCAUGUGCCUCACCCGCCGACUACCGCUAGACGCCACCACCCGCCUCACCUUUGCAGCCAACGUCCGGCGUAGCCUGAGGCCGCCGCUCCCGGACACCUACUUUGGCAACGGGGUCAUCGUGUUGGGCACCGUUGCCAAGGUGCACGAUGUCGUCGCCCCAGAAGAGAUGGCCUCCGUAGCCAGCCAGAUCAAAGGCACCGUCCGUCGGAUGGACGACGAGCUGGUGCAUUCGGCGAUCGAUUACAUGGAGCUGAACAAGAUGGGAAGGAAGCCAGGCGCGCCUCCGAGCAACUUGCCCGCGACCGAGGUCAGGAUCAUCAGCUGGCUAGGCAUGCCGAUGUACGACGCGGAUUUCGGUUGGGGGAAGCCGCUGGUGAUGCUGCGCGCCGUGCAAGAGCGUGUCGGGCUCGUCUACCUCAUGGACAGCCAGCAAGACGACGGCAGCAUUCGCAUCCUUAUGUGCACGGAGGCAGCACAUCUUCUCAAGGACUUCAAGCGGCUGCUAUAUGACAUUUCGCUUUAGUGUUUCCAUUUUGUUCUUCACAUUUUUUGUGAUGCAAUCGCUCUGAGUUUUUGAAAUAAAUUCUACUCCAUUCCGGUGGAGUAGGUAUCUUCUACUCGUUACUACCAGAUACUUCCAUUUUGCAAUAAGAAUUCUUUUGUCACGUCACUUUUGUUGAAAACCUUGUGUAAAACAUUGAUAGACAUAUAUAUUUUUCUUUCGCACGA